UAGGUGGUCUGUGGUAUUAUUCUGAUGAUGAACCUCGCUCCGAUCCACAUGGACCUGGCGCUAUCUACCAUGGACUCCAUACCAAUGUUAGCAAGGAAAUGAUGGCCUUCUCGGACUUCCCGUUGGCAAAGUCUUUGCCACCGUUUCCAAAGGGAAGUGACAUACAAGAAUAUUACGAGCGGUAUGCCGAACAUUUUGGACUUCUCAAGCACAUCAAUUUCAAUGUGGACGUGGUGUCCAUCGACCAGGACGCCGAUUACGAAGGCACCGGACGAUGGAAGGUGACAGUCCGCACAAUCUCGGGCGAGAUCAGGAGUGAGGUCUUCGACGCAGUGAUGGUGUGUACUGGUCUUUAUCCCAGUGGGCACCUGCCAGACUAUCCUGGGUUAGAUUCAUUCAAAGGACAGAUCAUGCACAGUUGUCAAUUCAAGAGAGGGGCUUACUUCACGGACAAGAGGGUUCUGGUCGUAGGCUCAGGUACUUCGGGAGGAGACAUUUCCAACAUUAUCAGUCAUCACGCAAGUCAGGUAUACCUUAGCUUGCGGCACGGAGCUUGGUGUAUCCCUCGAUUCUUUUACAACAAACAGACCAUACAAGAUUUUUUCAACCAGCGGUGGAAGACGUGGAUUCCCUCGAGACUCCUCAACAACUGGCUGAUCAAUAAGAUGAACUACCACAUGGAUGGGAAGACUCUUGGUUUACAGCACUCAAAACUUCCGUUCAACGUCCAUUGCAUGGUUGACGAGGAUCUUCCCGCCAGCAUAAUGGAAGGAAGAGUACGAAUCAGGAGUGGUAUUGACAGAUUUGAAGGCUCCAAUGUCCAUUUUGUAGACGGUUCCGUGAUUGAAGACAUCGAUUAUGUAGUCUUUGCCACUGGGUACGACCUCAAGCUUCCCUUUUUAAAGAAGGAAAUCGUACCAGACGGAUACGAUCAGAUUGAGCUGUACCAAUACAUGAUUCCGAUUCGGCUUCGGCAUCCAACCCUGUCUUUCGUGGGGCUGUGUCUUCCUUACACAAUGGGUCAUAACGCGCUUUGUGAGAUGCAGACAAGGUACAUCACCAAGGUCUUGAAAGGAGAGGUCAGGCUACCCAGCUCUGAAGAAAUGCAACAAGAGGUCAUCUCUAGAAAGGAUCUCAACUACAAAUUAUUUGAAAACCACCAGCCCUUAAUUACGGACCCAACUGCCUACCGUGAUCAGCUGGCCGAAGCAAUCGGGGCGCUACCAAAUUUGACAAAGCUAAUCUUCACCGAUCCUGUACUCGCUUACCAUUUCUACUUCGGGGUCGCCUAUCCACCUUGCCAUAGGUUAGUAGGUCCUGGUGCCACUCCGGGGGCGAGACAGGCUCUUAUUGACUGCAAGGAGAACCAGGUACAUGGUAUUACACUGACAACAGUGCGUAGGGAUGCGAAAGAUUGUCUGCAAGCCUAUGAAGACGGCCAGAAAUCCUCUUUAACUGUGUAUAUCAUGAUCUUCGGUGCCAUUUUAUCUGUAAUUGUCCUCAUGGUUAUAUUUUAAUGUGUUAUCUGGUGAAACAAAAUCUUAAUUUUGACAAAUUGCCAAUACAGAGACGUAUACCGUUUUGGGUUUUAUAUGCCUUUAUAACUGCUCCCAGUCUCCCAUCAAGUUCAUCAAUUCAAUUGCGGCUUGAUUCUGAAUUAACUGGUCCAUCCCAUUGAAUAUGCAAGAUGAAAGUCGUGGGAAGAUAAAGUGUAAAGCGGCAGUCUAUGCAAAGUGACUUCUGUCGUUGGACAACUUUCCUUGAUUUCGAUUGGCUGAGGACAGGGAGUGUUUCAUCAAUAUUUUUGUCCGACUAGUUGUCGGAUCUGACAACUUUUCUUGAUGUUGAUCGGAUAAGAAGCACUGUUACUAUGGCAACUGUCGGAUAAAAUGGGACUCGUCGGAUAAAACAUCUGACAAGACCUUUCAUGACACCCUCCCCAGGUGCUGACUCUUACUCUGUCACUGAACGAUGAAACAGACGUCGUAUGAAACAUCUGCCAAGAUCGUGAAACAUUAUCUUGAAAGUGUAUAUAACAAUGAAGUGAACAAAUGCUCAUCAAACGAUGCACUGAAUCAUUAAAAACUGACCAAUCCACUUCUGGGGCCCGUUGCAUAAAGCUUUUGCCAUUAAAAAAACUCUGGCAAAUUUUUGCCAGUUUUUUAAUGUGUAAUUUUCAAUUGCAUAAUUUUGUUUGCCAGAGUUUUUGUUUAUUUGCCAGAGUUUUUUUUUUUGGCAAAAGUUUUAUGCAACGGGUCCAUGAUUUAACGUCAUGUACAGAGUGAGUCAGAAAAAAUGUCCCACUUUUGUAAAGUUGAAUUGUUUAAAAUAUGAAUAUUUAAUCAUUAGUUUCAUGAUAUGUCUUGAUAAGAGGUAUCCUCCCAAUACAUUCAGGUACCUUUUUCAUUUGAUCCCCUGCACGCAUGACUGAACAGCGGACAAUCUUUAGAAGACUGUCCGAUCUCACUUGCGCCAAGUUACUGGGUGAUGAAUAAAACAGCGGCACCUCCACAAGACUGUUGUAUGUUUAUCGUCGAGUGCUCGCGUGUCACCGCGAAAGAAUUCCCCAAUAUUCGAAAUCAAGAUCAAUUUCGAUUAUGAAAAGCCAAUUGUAUACAAGACGAUAGCCAUCAAUAUUGUUUUGAUGUUCUUAAUGACACCCAACCCCAUUAUGUAGAAUGUAAUUCUUACGUUGUUGAAAUGGAGGGAAGUCUGAAGAAAAGAUUACAGUGAUGAGAAAUGGGAGUCUUUUAUGACGUAAACAGUCACAGUAGCUAUUUUAAUCAAUGCCAUUCCAAUGUGUACUUGAAGAUAAAUAUCAAGUCAUUCCAUUAGCUUCCAACUUUUAUGCCAAUUUGGAAUGUUAUUGGAAGUUAGGUUCAUAACAUUUCGAUAUAGUAGUAUGCUCUCUUUUCGAUGAAGUAAAUGCUAUGCAGGCGCAUAUCCAGCCUCAGAUCCUAUAUACAAAGCAUGUCAUGGGCGCAAUUGUCUGUAAGGACAAUAGUGACUCUAUUGUGCUUGUGCAUGCAUGGGCCCAUCCAUUUCUUUAUACUGGAUACGAUAGUGCUAUGUGCACCCUUUUCCCUCGAUAUUGCUAUUCAAAUUUGAACAAACAUUGACUAUAUUUGACAAUUCCUUAGGGGUGUCUCGCUCAUUUAUUGUUGAGGACAUAAUGUGUUCUCACAAAGCAGGGCAACGUGUUUAUUAAGUCCGACUUUUUCGCCUAUUUCACUACCUGUUUUUCGUUUAAUUUUUUCUAUAUAUUUAAUUAACUGUUUUGAUUCAAAGAGGAAGUCCACCCUGGUUAGAGGUUGGUUGAAAAAAAAGCAGAUUUUCUUAUUAUGGUGAAAGUUCGCUGAAAAUCCGUCAAAGAAUAAUGGAUUUAGGAAAUUUUAAAAUUGCGAUUUCUUACGUCAGAGCCUAGCAGCCCCUCUAUACUUGAGCGUAAUAAAUUCCCCAAACUGCCAUUUUCUUCCAAAAAAAAGAAAAAAAGUGAAAGUGAUUUUUAUUUCUCUAUAUGGAUAUAAUUUGUAUUCAUCAUAUUGAAGUAGAUAAUUUGAACUUAUGGAAUUUACAUCACGUGAUAUAUGGGGAAGUUGCUCGCAUAUGACGUCACGAAUUAAAAACUGAAGAAAAAUAAAUCAUAACUCGUAUUCUUUUAUGGACUUUAAUGAAGCCUUUACUGGUGUUGGUGUUUUUAUCUAUAUUUCUGCAUUUAUUUGAAGCCAACUUAUCGUCAGGCUGAAAAUCCUCAUUAAUAUGUAUUCACCUUAUGACAUUGAUUGAUAAUGGUAUGAAACACUUUGUGGUGUUGUAUCGUAAAAUAUGUAUUUUAAUCGAGUAAAUCAACAUAAUAUAGGUUCAUGUAAUCCUUUA